AUGCCUCCAACUCUAACCAAUACCAGUUCAUCUGAUUUGAUUUCCCAGCCCUUGAGGGAACCCCAGGUGAUAAUUUCCCUAGCCAUCUUCAGUCUCACUUUUUUGUUGGGACUGCCAGGCAAUGGAUUGGUACUCUGGGUGACUGGACUGAAGAUGAAGCGUACAGUAAAUUCAAUAUGGUUCCUCCAUCUCACUAUGGCUGACCUCCUCUGCUGCCUCUCUGUACCCUUCUCCCUUAUUCACAUGGUCCACCAAGGGCAUUGGCCCUAUGGCUGGCUCUUAUGCAAGAUCAUUCCUUCCAUCAUUGUCCUCAACAUGUUUGCCAGCGUCUUCCUACUUACGGCCAUCAGUCUUGACCGUUGUGCCGUAGUGCUCCAACCAAUAUGGUGCCAGAAUCAUCGCACUGUGAGGAUGGCCUUCACCUCUUGUGCAGGCAUCUGGGUCCUGGCUUUUGCAAUGUGCAUGCCUGUGUUUUUGUACCGGGAAACCUUUACUGAGAACAACUGUACUGUGUGUAUCUAUAAGUUUGAGGAGCACAACUCACUAGAUGAUAUGUACUUUAACCUAAGCUUUGAAGAAGAAAGCUUACUUGAGAAUUUCGCUACAUCUGAGUUGACUGGGACAAUGGAAGAUAUCUUACAUCCUUCACUUUCCAGAGCAGAUACUUAUGCCUGGCCUACCACAACUGAUAAACCUAGAACUUCUAAUGUUUUCUUCUAUACUAAGGCCACUGGAGGUCAUUCUGGAGGUGCACUCACUGUAGAUUCAAUUAACUUAUACAGUCAUCACCCCUAUUCUGAUUUAUCAGAACAGCCUGAGGAAUUUCCUCAUGCUGAAUCACCUAGGAUUCCCAUUGUUUUACCUGAGUUUACCAGUAAUGAUUCCAGUACUGAUAUACUGAGAAACUCUGAUAUUCUACCCAGGGCUUCUAGCAAUCCUUUAGAUAUAGCUAAAGUGACAGAAAGUUCCUGGGAUGAUAUUUAUGGAGAUGAUUUCUAUGAGAACCAACUGCCAAAAACCUUGGUGGUAAUCACAAUCACAAGAUUGGCGAUAGGUUUCCUUCUGCCCUUCAUCAUUAUGGUGAUCUGUUACACCCUCAUCAUUUUUCGUUUGAGCAGAAGUCACUUUGCUAAAACUAGGAGCAAAACCCUGAGAGUGGCUAUAGUGAUAGUAGUCACCUUUUUUGUCUGCUGGACUCCCUAUCACGUUAUUGGGGUCCUAUCACUGUUUGCAUCUCCAUAUACUCCAUUUUGGAAGGCAGUGAUGGCACUGGACAAUCUCUCCAUUGCACUGGCAUCUGCCAAUAGCUGCCUUAAUCCCCUGCUCUAUGCCUUCAUGGGGAAAGAUUUUAGGCAAAAAGCACAACAGUCCAUUCAAGGCAUUCUGGAAGCUGCCUUCAGUGAAGAUGUCAUUCAAUCUUCUACUUGUCCUCAGAGCAAAACCUCAAUGACUCAAGACAUUGUCAGCACAGCUGUGUGAGAAGAUGGAGUGGUGACACCACACAGCCCCAGUAAGGAGUCAUUGAAGUCCAGUGAUAGAACAAAAGUCAAGAUGACUG